AUGUUGAUCUUCGCCGCGGCCUCCAUGAUGUUUGCACUGCUAAUCGGCAACAUCCUCCAUGAGUUCGAGGUGAGCUUUAUCUCGGAGUCCAUGGUGAUCAUUUUGAUCGGCUACGUCUUGGGCAUCAUUUUGCCCACACGUGGCGGAUCAGUCGUCUCAUGGGCCAUUGGAGACGUCGGAGUGGAAGAAGAAGGACUUGCUAUGGCCGGAGUUCUGAACCUCUUCCUCCUUCCGAUCAUCAUUUUCGAGGCUGGCUGGUCCAUGAACCACCGGGCCUUUGUGGACCUCAUGCUGACGAUCUUGACUUUCGCGGUCUUGGGAACAUUGAUCUCCAUGGUGGUGGUGGGUCUUUUGAUCAAUGCCACCUGCGACGUUCACGGCGUUUGCUCUGUCAGAGCCGCCUUUACCUAUGCGGCCUUGAUCUCUGCAGUGGACCCUGUAGCCACUUUAGCCACCUAUGCUCAUUUGCAAGUGGACCCCUUGCUGAACAUUUGCGUUUUUGGCGAGUCCGUGGUGAAUGAUGCCGUGGCCAUCGUCCUUUUCCGUGUCCUCAACACAGGUGGUCUUUUUACUGACACCAGCUUUAAUGUCGUCUCUGGCAGAAUCGCUUCGCAGACGUCACUUUUGCUCUUCGGGUCCGUGGGUCUUGGAGUUCUCUUGGGCUUCAUGCUGAUGCUCAUUACCAAAGUGAGCCGUCUCACCCAUUCGACCAGCAACUGCGUCCUUUUCAUGUUCUUGUCCAGCUUCUUCAUCUACAGCUUCGCGGAGCGUGCGUGUGGCAUGUCCGGAAUCAUCACUGUGCUCUUCGGCGCCAUGUUUGCCAGUGCAUUUGCCAAGUACCAGUUCUCCAGUGAGGUGACCAUGUUUUGUGCAUUCACCUUGAAGCAAGCAGCCACUCUUGCUGACAUGGUGGUUUUUCUGAUGGUGGGCAUCACCGCGGUCUACUGCGAUGUUGAAGGCUUGGUCUUGGGAUUGCUGGUUUGUGCCUUCUGCCUGGUGGGGCGAGCAGCAGCCGUUUUUCCCUUGGCUUUGCUGACGAAUCUCUGCAAGGAGAUGUAUCGAAGGGGACAGCCUCCAGAGAAGAAACUGACCCUGGACUGGCGGAAGAUCUUCAUGAUGUGGCAUGCCGGCCUCCGGGGCGGAAUUGCCUUGGUGCUCACAUUGGAACUUGGCCCUUGGGUCGAUCAAGAAAAGCCUGGGACCAAAGAUCGGCUUCGGAAUGCCACUGUCCUAGUCAUCGUCGUGAGCUCAGUCGGCCGGUUCGGGGUCAGUUCGCUCGCUCGCUGGCUUCGGUGGCCGAUGCAGAUCGGUGGGCUGCAGGGUGCUUCUUUUGGCACAGGCCCUUCCAGUGUUUUGGCCAAGUCCAUGUUUGUUGAUCCAUGGCUUGGCCCAAGUCUUGAGCUCUUGGCCGAAGUCGCGAAGUUUCAACGGAGUGCAUACUUGGGAGAUGGCGCUGGGACUUUGCUUUUGCACAGAUGUCCAAUUACUAUAUAG